AUGUCGGCACCUGAAUCGAACCCCUCUUUGCAGGCCACAGCUGCUUCUCAUCCAAGAGCGAAUAUUAUCAAGGCUCCUCUACCCCUCCCAUCACCCCUCCAAUCUCCAUCUAUCUUUCUUUCCGGGUUCAUAUCUCCCGCUGAUGAUUGUUGGCGUGACAAUCUAUCAGAAGAGCUUUCUCACUUGCCUGUCACAAUCAUCAAUCCUCUACGCCGAGAUUGGGAUUCUACGUGGAAAGCGAGCCUUACGGAUUCGAAAUUUGUCAAUCAAGUGACAUGGGAGCUCAACGCCUUGGAGCAAGCAGAUAUUGUAGUGGUAAAUUUGGGAGUAAAUACAGAAGCGUCAAUAUCACUGAUGGAGUUGGGAUUUGUUGCUGGACGGGGAAAAGUUAUCGUGGUUUGCUGUGCGGAUGAGUACAAGAAUAGCGGCAAUGUACAAGUUUUCUGCAACAAGCUUGGUAUAACCGUUGCAAAGACCUUGGAGGAUCUUAUCAGCAGUACGAAGCAAGCUUUGAAGCGGUUGACCUUUGAGUAA